AUUUCCUACACACGUUCGUAGAACGCCAAUGACCAUGAACAAAUAUUUUCCACCAGAACUCCUUAUAUGCGCCUGCAAUGCCUCCUCACAUUCCAUCUCCCACUGUGAAUCGAGCUUCCAGCUCCCUCAAUCAUGACUACCCCUCCAAAUUACUGGCCCAAGACCUUGAGAUCCUCUGUCAACCCGUCAGCACAAGUUCCACUCGACGAUCGCCCUGGCAAAAAUCUGCUAUGAACUCGGCGGAUUCAGUUAACUUACUCUGCUGCGUCAAGAGCAGUCCGUAUCUCUUCUUCAGCGUAACACGAUGUCUGGAGUACUUGUCAUCUGGCGAGAAACGCGCAGGGUGUGCCGACUUGGUGACCUCUCCCGAAACGACCUUCUUGAGUGUAUAGACACGCUUGCCAGCGCUGUCGACAGUGUACAUGAGAUGCAUGGUUGCGGUGUGGGGGGACGGAAUCGUUUGGGCGAUAGAUGUGUUUAAACUGGCAGAGGUCGAUUGAUCGAGCUUGACGUAGGCGGAAUGAGUGGCCGCGUGCUGUGUGGAAUCCUGUAUCGAUAUUGGGAUGCGUGGUGCGAAAACCGCUGGAGUCGUGAUAAUUUUUUGGAGUUUGCGAUUUGGACAGGGAUUUUGAUGGUGCUAGUCCUGUUUGGGUCUGGCAAUGCAUUCGGCUGUUAGCUCGCUUUCCACCAUUCCUCGCAAUUGAAGAGCGUAUCGUGUUCGCUCUGGCUGACAUCUCCACUUCCA